CGUGAAUUAUCGUGCUAUAUGGAGUAGCCAGCAACAUACACAUAGUAUAUUGAUUACCGGGCCAUGUGUGGCGUGAGGGCUGGGUGUAGCCUGACUCGCACUUUCUCUGCUCUCUUCAUUCUCUCUGAAUCUCUCCCGUGGCUUUAUCAAUCAACAAAACACGUCAAUGUCUUUAUCGUGAGAGACAAACAGCAGUGAGUACAGCGUGUAUGUGUGUGUGUGUUGGCAAGAAAAUUCGGGAGCGGAGAGCAGAGGCGCGUUGCAUUUAAACACAGCAACGGGAGGACGUGUGUGGGGUUUUUCCUCACCUGGGAGCACUACACGUGAUCCAGUACUGGCAUGGAAGACGAGAGAGCACGGGAUCAAGAACAACACUGGUGAGCUCGUGUGGGUGUUCAGGUGAUGGAAGGUGUCAAGGAAGUGUUUGUAACUGUGGGAGUGAAACAACUGUAUCUGUAUAACGUAUAGAGUGACUAACACAAACUGAAAACAUUGUGAAAGAUGAUUGUGUUGUGGAGAAGAGACAUAAACAGUAUUCAGAAGCUACAGUCAAGAACAACUGUUUAAUAUGUGAAUAAUCCCACGGUUAGUGGAAUAAAAUCGAGUGACACAAGGAAGAGAGAAACCAUCCCGUGUGUGUGGGAGAAAUACAAAUGUUUUAUAAUAUCCUGUACGGUCAUAGUGGUGAGAGACAGGUGUGACCCAGCGAGCAUCCCGCCCUCACUUCUACCAGACAUGACUGCCGCCAAGUUUGAAGAUAUCUUGAACAAGUUAGAGACUGGACCUUGGAACUGGAUCAUAUUUCUACUGUGUUCAUUAUGGGGAGUGUUUGGGGCUAUGCAGGCUGUGGCGACGGCCUUCCUCAGCCCCACGAUAGACCACUGGUGCAGCGUGCCCGAGCUGACCAACUGGACCAAGGAACAGGUGUGGAGCUUCUCCCUACCCAGAACAACGGUAGGAGGAGUGCCACAUCACUCCCAGUGCGAGAUGUACGUGAGGAACUACAGUCACCUGGUGGGCGUGGCCUGGGAGGACCGUUUCCACUACUUUCCUGACGAAAGCGCUGAAGUGGAGGCUCUCCCAACCCAACCUUGCCCCAGCUGGGAAUACGACACCCACACCUUCCACUCAACUCUCAUCUCUGAGUGGGACCUAGUGUGUGGGCGAGAGUCACUUCGCUCCGUCAUACAGAGCAUCUUCAUGUUUGGCAUCUUCUUCGGUGCUCCACUGGGCGGUUACUUCUCAGACAGGUUCGGACGGAAGAGGGUGAUGGGUGGGGCGCUGUGGGUGUUCAUCCUGGUGUCCACGUCUGGCUCCUUCUCUCCUUACUACCAGCUCUUCCUUCUCUGUCGCUUCCUCAUGGCCUUCACCGGCACAAUCGUCUACCAGACCUCCUACAUCCUGGCGGUGGAGGCGUGUACCAUGAGCCAGAGGAGUGUGGUGGGCAUCAUGUUCUCCGUGCCCUUCGCCUUCGGCUGUAUGUUGCUCCCGGGCAUCGCUUACUACAUCAGAGACUGGCGACACCUUCAUCUGGCCAUCUCCUUCCCUGUUGUGCUGCUAAUCGCCAACACCAUUAUCCUGCCGGAGUCCCCCAGGUGGCUGUUGCAGAACGGCAGGUGGGCGGAAGCGGAGAAAGAGCUGCAGAAGGCGGCCAGAUGGAACAGCAGCAAGACCUUCGACCACAGCUGGCUCCUUGCUACCAUCACCCAGAUGAAGGUCGAGGCAGAGAACAAAGACAGCAGUGGCCAGGACGUUCAGGAGCAACAAGAAACAGGGGCAGUAGGUCCUCUUCCUGUCUGGCCUCCCUCAGGAGAGUGUUUAGGCAGCUGCUGGUAUUCGUGAGGACCCCAAUGUUG